AUUUUGCUGGCGGGGGAGGUUCCCUUGGGUGUUGCGCUCGAGCCCUGACGUUUUUGCUACAAGACGCCGUAGGAGAGAGAGAUCAGGGUCGAGCUGAGAGGCACGGGACUCGCAAGUGUGUAAGCCUUUGAAAGUCGGCCAUGGAAGCAGAGAAACAAAAAGGUGAUGAGGCGUAUCUCAAGGUUGGAGAGAUCAUCACUGAUGAUGUCACAGGAAGAUGUUUGCUGUGUAUGUUCUGUUUGUCUGAGUUGGUCUGUCCCAUUAUUUACACUCCCCCUAUAUCUCCCAACUUAUUGGCAGCAAGGAGCUGGCAGGUGGACCCCACAACCCUUGCCACACCCUCAGAGCAAGCUCCCAGUGAAUUGACUGUGGUUACCGAGGAAGCAGGUGAAGUGGACAAGGUCAGAAGAGCCAAGGUGUUGUACAGAUUUGAGGCAGAGGACCCAGGUGAUCUAACACUGGAACCGGGACAGAUAGUUGAUGUGUUGUGGGAUAAAGAUGACAGCAGGUGGAGAGGCCGAAUUGGAGAAACUGAAGGCUUUAUCCCUGCCAGCUAUGUGGAAGUCCUCAACGAUGAAACUGCAUCUUCUAACUCCACUGACCAACCAGCCAUUCAGCCUAAGGAUCCUUCAAGAGCAGGCGACUUUAGUGCUGGUAAGAUUUGCAGAAACUCAUGCUUCUGCAUAAGGAACUUUGUGGUUUUUUUUUCCUGAGUGGUCCCUCUCUUGGGAGGCCCCUCCUAUCAUUACAGACCAGAAGCCUUUUGCAUGGCUGCACUUCCCAUACAAACUUACAUACUUCAGCCAGAGACCACCUCAAGAACACAACCACUGACUGUCAACCUGCGCGCACAUCGCACAGGGCGGAAGAGGGUCUGGUGAUAUUUGCGUGGUUUCGUGACGACCGGAUAGUGCAUUUUUCAAGCCACACACACUGAGUUUGGUAGCUAAGGUAUAUACCCCAAAGAUGCCCUCCAAGAGUCCAUUAAGAACUUGACAUUUAUUGAUCAUCGAUACUGUUUAUACAAAGGUCUCUGGUGUUGGAGUGGUUCUUGUGAUAGUCUGCUUGUUUCUAAUUCUUGGUAAUGGCAGUGAAGUGGACAGGCCGGGAUGGGCACCAGGCCAUGUCAUCUAUCUUCCUUCUCUCAGCACAGCUUACUCUACAUACUUCAGUGAACAUAGGAAUGUACGGAAUGUGCCUUUCAUCAUGUACUAUGAAAGCUCGUCCCACCCUACUACCCCUCUGCUGCAUGUGGGUGUCAACAAAUAUGUUUGCAUUGCUAGUGCACCAGGGAUUUACGCUUCAGCGCUUGUCAUUUGGUAUGGAUUUACACCCUGUCAUUCAUGGAUUCAGAUGUGUGCGGGUACCUGCCUAUGCUAUAACAAGCAUGGGCAACAACAUUGGAUCCUGCCUCAUACAAUUCACUGAUACAGCACUCACGGUCAAGUUCUUACACACCAAUGUCACUUUCUCCUGGCCGUACAAUAUCAUCCGCAAGUUUAAAGUAUAUAAUUACUUUUCCUUUGUCUCUGGUCGCCGAGGGCCGUACGGAGUUGCAGAGUACAAUUUUGUCAUGACAGAGAAGGCACUGGUAUUAGUAAAACACACCCUCACUCAGAUUACUUCUACUGACUUUCCAAAUGAUGAGGUUUCUAGUGAAGGAACUACGGUAGGUGAGCAAGACUUUAUAGAAUUGCUUAAAGAUGAGUCAAGAGUAUUCUUUGAAGAAGCCAUGAAGCAGGGCUAUGUGAAUGUUACACUAGUGAAAGUGAUUGUGGAGGGACCUGCAGGUGUCGGCAAAACCUCAGUCGUUUACCUUCUCCUUGGUAAACCGCCUCCAAAAGAUAGACACAGUACUGGCUGCGCUGAGCGAGCAAUUCGAGUGAUACGCUUGGGUAAGGAGGGAGAAGAGUGGAAUGAAAUCACCACAGAAGAAUUUGAGAAGAUGAUUUCAGAAGCAGUUCCUGUUCACCUUAAAGCAAAGGAAGAAGGAAUGAAGAAGUUAUUGGAGGCAUUGGAAAAACAUUUUGAGGAAAGCGAGGAGGAAGAUGAGGAAUUGAAUGGAGAUACUUGUGAAGAAAACAAGGAAGAGGAAAGUAGUGCCCACGAUACUGACGCAGUCAUUGAUGAAGUAAUCAAGAAGCUAACUCGACUGGUGGGUGGUGGGAAAUCGUCACAUCGUCUCCAGGACAUGGAGUUGAUCUACCUAACCGACACAGGUGGCCAGCAACCGUUUUGGGACCUCAUCCCGAUAUUCGCAUCCGACACGUCAGCCACCCUCUUUGUCCACCGGGUCUGCGAAAAGCUUGACGAACACCCCCUCAACGACCUCUACCAGACAGGUAAGCGGGUUGGUCCUAGCCAGCGAGCCACACUCACUACUGCCGAGGCCUUUAAAGCAAUGCUUCGAGGCCUGCACGAAGGGGAAGGAAAGUCCUCCAAGAUGAUUGCCGUCGGAACGCACCGGGAUUUAGCAGAUGAUUGCGAAGAGACACUGGAAGAAAAGAACAAGAAGUUUGCUGCAAUAGCGUCGCCUCACUUUGAGAAAGAUGUCGUUUUCAGAAAUGAUGCCAUGCAGGAGAUAAUUUUCCCAGUCAAUGCGAAAACUCCAGACGACGAGAAAGAGGCGCGUAAAAUCAGAGCCAGCAUUGAACAGGGAGCCACACAACACAAGAUUCCGAUAUGGUGGUUCAUCCUCCAGAUGAUCCUGGAAGCACUAGCUCACAAGCUCGGAAGAGAUGUUCUAAGCAAAGACGAAUGCGUCCGCAUUUCAGACACGCUGGGGUUCGUGGAGGGAGAACUGGAUGCUGCACUCGCCUUCUUUGACAAGCUCAACAUUUUCCUCUACAAGAAGAGCAUUCUUCCCAGAGUUGUGUUCACCAAUCCGCAAGUCCCCAUGGGCAACCUCUCAAGGCUCGUGAAGAAGCAGUACCACCUGAAAGCUGCAGAGGCCGAUCCAACAAAAGCUACAUGUGUGGCAAUAAGCGGUCAGUGGAAAAACUUCCGCGACUGUGGAAUCCUCACUCCCGAAUGUCUCAAUGAAUUCAAGGCUGACUAUGUAGAUGGGAUCUUUAAUCCUACGGAUUUUCUGACAUUGCUCGAAAACCUCCUUGUCAUCUCCCAAUUGUCCGCGAAUGAGUACUUCUUUCCGGCAAUUCUCAGCAUGACCACUGAAACCAAGAUUAACGCGUGCCUCAUGUCAUCCAGAACAACCAAGAUAGCUCCUCUGGUGGUGGAGUUCCCCACCGGCUGGGCUCCUCCCGGUGUCUACUGCUGCAGUGUGUGCCACCUUCAGUCCCACUCUGGCUGGAAAGUGGUGAAGAAACCGCCCAUCAAGCCACGCAGCAGGAGUUCAAAUGCACCCCCCGCACAGCACCACUCAAUUUCUCGCAACUGUAUUGAAUUCACCAAAGUUGGCAGGCCUGGUUCAGUGACACUCGUCGAUAACUUUUCUUCGUUUGCGGUGUGUGUUAACAUAGACACCAGCAAGAUGGAGCGAGAGGAUUUAGCUCAGCAUUGCCAGGCCAUCAAGACCGAGAUCUUUGCCGCAGUCGAUGCAGCCCUGGAGAACACCCACCACAAAGACACCCACCCAACCUCUGCUUUCCUCUGUCCCAGACAGGAGGACGCCUCUUGCAGCACUAAACUGCACGUUGCACACCUCUCCAGUAAUGGGAAGCAGUGGAUAUGCUCUGCCAACAGUGGAGUAUUCGACUAUCUCACUCCUGACCAGACAUUGUGGCUCAGUGGAACAGAACCUGUUGUUCAUUCAAAGACUUCACAUCCUAAACUCAGUGAUCUGGCAAAUCGCGUCGCAGCUAUCAUUCCCCACAAGUGGAAGGAAGUUGCUAUUCAACUGGAUCUCAGCAAAGGUGAGAGGAAGGCCAUAGAGAGUGACGAAGACAAAUCCUUUGAUCGAUUUGUUGCCGUUCUCGAACAAUGGAGGCAAUCAGCCAUUGUGCCCUACACUUGGAAGACAAUUGUCAAUGUCUUAAAGUCAGCAUCUGUUGAUGAGACAAGGUUGGCAGAGGAACUGGAGAAAAACUUUUGCUAGAUCCGUUUUUGCACUACAGAAACUACCAAUUUUGCACAUGCGUGCAAAGUUAACCCGCGAGGGACGCGGAUCCCUCGCGAGUAGUUUGCGCAGCAUCACACAACAACAAAGACAGAGAAUGCAGCAGCUCAUAUCCCGGUUGCUCUCGCCGCCUGGACGACGUUUCCUGUACAGCAAUGGGAGGGAGAGGGAGCCGGAGCCGUCAGAAUCCGACCACCCUCUCGUGGGGGAGCAGAUUUCCUUCACUCGAGCCCCGAGCAUUACACCGCGGGAAGAUGGCCGGUGCCUGGCCGUCUUUACGAGCGGUGGGGACGCCCAGGGAAUGAACUCGGCGCUCAGAGCGGUCGUGAGGAUGGCCAUCUUCAGCGGAGUCCGCGUCUUUGCCGUGCGAGAAGGCUACAAGGGGUUGGUGGAGGGAGGGAAGCACAUCGAGGAGUUCCGGUGGGCGUCCGUCUCGAACAUUCUUCACAAGGGCGGCACAGUCGUCGGCACGGCUCGCUGUAAGGAGUUCAGAGAGCGGGAAGGUCGCCUCAAAGCCGCGGAGAACCUAGUGCAGCGCGGGAUCAACAACCUAGUAGUGAUUGGCGGAGACGGAAGCCUUACAGGCGCCAAUCUCUUCAAGAAGGAGUGGGAGGGUCUGCUGGCUGAGCUGGAGGAGGCCGGACGCCUCACCAGAAGCCAAGUCGAAAAGUGCAAGUACUUGAACAUCGUGGGGCUAGUGGGGUCCAUCGACAACGACAUGUGUGGGACGGACAUGACUAUCGGCACCGAUUCAGCUCUCCACCGCAUCAUCGAGGCCGUUGACUGCCUAACUAGCACUGCCGCCAGCCACCAGAGGAGCUUUGUACUGGAGGUAAUGGGCCGUCACUGUGGGUACCUCGCACUGAUGGCUGGGAUUGCUGGCUGUGCGGACGCCGUGUUCAUCCCCGAACGCCCUCCUAACCCAGGAUGGGAGGACAGCAUGUGCUACCAGAUCGCCCAAUGCCGAGAUGCAGGGCGAAGACACAGUCUCGUUAUCGUCUCCGAAGGGGCAGUGGAUUCAGAAAACAGGCCGAUAACUUCGGAGCAGAUCCGGGACAUCCUGCAGGCAAAGUUGGGCCACGACACGAGGAUAACUGUCCUCGGCCACGUUCAGAGAGGGGGGAAGCCGUCGGCGUACGAUCGCAUCAUCAGCGCGCGAAUGGGUGCAGCUGCAGUCAUCACCCUCCUGAACGCGGAAGGAGAGAUCCCUCCAAAGAUGAUCGGUGUUCAGGGCAACGUGAUCAUGCAGCUCCCGCUCAUGGACUGCGUGACGAAGACGCGGGCCAUAGAUACUGCGAUGAAGACGUGCGAGUUCAAGCAGGCCCUCGAGCUGCGCGGAAGGUCAUUCAAACGAAACAUGGAACUCUUGCGACGCCUCGAAUCCUGUCGAAACCCCGAGUGCGGAAGCGAAGAAGACAUUCUCUCCCCAACGCCCGUCCGCAGAUUCAAAUUUGCAAUCAUGAACGUCGGUGCGCCGGCAGCAGGGAUGAACAGCUGCAACCGAGCCUGCAUCCGUCUCCUGCUGUACAAGGGACACACGGUGCUGGGGGUGGGCAACGGGUUCUCGGGUCUUUUGGACGAUGACAUCACCGAAAUGUCGUGGGAUUCGGUGACGAAUUGGGCCGCCGAGGGCGGGUCUAACCUGGGAACAAACAGGAUUAAGCCUACUGCCCACACGCUGCCAGAGAUUGCUGCGAAAUUUGGGGAGCACCAUAUCGAGGGGCUUCUGAUCGUUGGAGGCUUCGAGGCGUAUCACAGUCUCAUAAUCCUGGAGGAGAACAGAAAACUCUACACGGCUUUCCGCAUUCCUCUCCUCGGGGUGGCAGCCACCAUCAGCAACAACGUCCCCGGUACGGAAUACAGUCUCGGUUGCGACACUGCCCUCAACACAAUCGUCAGUUCUUGCGACAUCCUCCGUCAAUCGGCACAGGGCAACCGCAAACGUGUUUUCGUCGUCGAGACGAUGGGCGGUUACUGUGGCUACCUCGCAACCAUGGCAGCUCUCGCAGGAGGCGCCGACGCAGCGUACAUCUUCGAAGAGAAGUUUACCAUCUCAGACAUCCAGAGGGACGCCGAUUACCUCGUCGGGAAAUUCAAAGACGGCCUCGAACGUGGUCUACUCUUGCGAAACGAAAAGUGCAACGAGAAUUUCACCACAACAUUUAUCACUGAGCUCCUAUCGGAACAGGGUAAAGGUGUUUUCAUCUGCCGCGACAGCCUUCUCGGGCACCUACAGCAGGGAGAUGCACCAACUCCCUACGAUCGUAUCCUCGGAGUCCAGUACGCUGCCCACACCGUCGAUUUCCUGCAGAAACACGCUCAGGAGAAUCUGAAUUCGCGGGAUAAAGUCCGUGCCGAGAAUGCCGAAUCGGCCUGCAUGAUCGGGCUCCAGGGAACGAAAUUCCAGGCAAUUCCGCUGCAGAAACUGGCAAAGGAUACGGAUUUCGAGCACAGGAUCCCCACGCACCAGUGGUGGAUGAGCCUGCGUCCACUCAUCGCGAUAUUCGCCAAGCACAAGGAGCACGAUUUCCGUGGAGAGACCCGCUAGCUAGUGACCCAUGCAGUGUGUAGGAGUAUGUGUGUUCAGCCAAGCUGCAUCUGUAGGAGUCGUGUAACGGCAUUCCAUGCUGUUGUGUAUGUAUAUUAGUAAAAUUAGGAUCAUCCCGGUUCGUUUGUGCCCACCUGUCUGACAGAUGGAUAACAGUUAUGUUGUAUGUCAGCACUAAGAACUUGCUUUCUCAGGUGUACAUCCGCCACAGUAAGUAAACACA